CACCACGGUUACAAAUUUUUAUUUUUUUUAUUUUUUUAAUAGAUAUAACCCGAUUUCAUGUGUAUUGAGAAAUCUAAGGGAAGUGGGAAUCUACAUCGAGGAGGACUCGUCUUUCCCGCAGGGCGGCCAUUUCCCAUGCAUAUUUUGAUAUGCGUAUGCGCCUCUUGGUCACAGCAGGCACCAGAUGCUCUGAUUCCAAGCCUCCCUUCCUCUGCAAGCCAUCCAAAUAAUGAGCCAAGAUGACGCGAAACACUAAACUCACUUCACAUCGCGUUGGUUGGGAAUGGCCACCCAAAAAGAGAGAAAGUGGUGUGAUUACCGUGGCACGUGACCUCCGUGUAACCACGAGACUGAUGCAUGGGACCACCAUUCCAACCAUGUGGAACUCGCCUGACAGUGUAGCCAUUAAGUAGUCCAGCACUGCAUGAAGGUGGUUAUACCUGAGCAAUGUGGCGGACUUUUCACUGCAGUAGUUGUAUCACGACAAUUCACCUCGCCUAUACUCAUCUUCCAACUCAAUAUUUCCGUCUCGAUGCCUCCACUUUAUCAACAACAAACAAUCAUUCAGAGACAAGAGGAUUCCAGCACGACUAAAGAUAUAAAUCUAAAGCCGUUUAUUCUUUUGGCUGCUGUAAUCAUCGUUGCCUGUUUACUCUUUUUGCAUAUCCUCGAAAGACGUAGGACGCGAGCGGCAGCCGCCAAAAUAUCUCCACCUCCCCUCCCGAAAGGUAGCUUGGAUCAAUUCGUGCCAAAACAACUGUACCGAAAAUGGCUGUGUGUACAUCGACAGAAUGUAGAGGGAAACACUGAAGCGGCAUGGGCAGAACCUAUAUGUGCCAUUUGCCUGGAUAAGAUUCAAGGCAAGGAUAUGGUCCGGGUAUUAGGAUGUUCACACGUGUUCCACGCUGCGUGCUUGGAGCGCUGGUACUCUCGACGGCAUGAUCUGUGUCCGCUAUGUAGGGCUUGUUAUAUUGCGGAGCCCUCUGCUACGUAUUCAAAUAACGUCUAAAAUGCUUGCCACGGUUGACAGCCUAUGAUACUUAAUUGCGGUGGUACUUCGUACAUAGAAUUAAUGCACAAAGUUGGCGGUCCGUUGUAUUUUGUACUUGUUGAUACCAAUGAAAGGGUGUCAUCCUAACUGUGCAGUA